ACGGUGAGAACUUGGCUGGUCUUCCUGCUCGCCGGUAAUUACAAGUUAGAAAUUUGAAUGAGUAGUACCGUCCUGUUAACGGUAUACAAAGACCAGAGUAUGAUGACUAUGAAGAGCAGGUAGUGGUGGGCCGGUGGAAAAAAAUGUCUUAGCGUUUGAAUCUUCUUCUAUAUAAUGUAUGAGAGUAGGCAUAAUUAAGCCAUAAUAGAAAGGGAGGAGAUAAAAGCAUUCGCUUGUAAACGGUGAGAACUUGGCUGGUCUUCCUGCUCGCCGGUAAUGGCUGCUUCGAGGAAGCUUGACGGUAAUGGCAUUUCAGGGAAGAAGUUAAAGGCCGAGAUGGAGAUUUUACAGUGUUUCCUUGUUGUGUUACUAAGUGCCAUUGUUCUUACGACUCUGGCCCAUGCUCAGGAUCAAACAGGCUUCAUUAGCCUAGAUUGUGGACUACCUGACAAUGCUACCUACAACGAUUCGAUAACGAGCCUAAACUACAAUUCAGAUGAAGCAUUUAUAGACACUGGCAUAAGCAAAAGAAUAUCUUCUGAAUUUAGUAAUUAUAGCUUUGUGAGGAGACUACAGUACGUUAGAAGCUUUCCUCAAGGAAACAGAAACUGUUAUAAAUUAGGCCUUGAUAAAGGCAUCAAAUAUCUGAUCAGAGCUACUUUCUUGUAUGGAAAUUAUGAUGGCCAAAACGAAAUACCACAAUUUGAUAUCCAUCUAGGAACUAAUAAAUGGAGUACGGUGCAACUAGAAGAUGCAAUCCGUUCAUUUUCCACAGAGAUCAUACAUGUGACUGCUAGGAGCUACGUAUUUGUCUGCCUUGUGAACACCGACUCUGGGACACCAUUCAUAUCAGCAUUAGAAUUGAGGCCUCUGCAUAAUAAAACUUAUAAUACUGAAACUGGAUCACUAGUACUCGUCAGGAGGUUAGAUAUUGGUUCAACAACCAAUGCAACGGUCAGGUUUCCGAAUGAUAUUUAUGAUCGAGUCUGGCAAACUUACAAUUGGGCAAAAUUGAUUAGCUCGCAAACUGACGAUUACCAGGAACAAAAUUUUUACCAUCCACCAUCAAGUGUUAUGACGACUGCUGUCACAUCAACAAAUGCUACUGAGCCACUGUCUUUCUCGAUAGGCACUGAAGGUAGUGCUAGCCAGUAUUAUACCUAUAUGCACUUUGCUGAAAUUGCAAUUCUCCAAGCCAACCAAUCCAGGAAAUUCGACAUAUAUUUGAAUGGACGAAAAUGGUAUGGACCAAUAUUUCCUCGUUAUUUGUCCACAAAUACAAUAUUUACUCCGUCAGCAUUGAAUGGAGGAAAAUUUCAGUUUUCCUUGAAUAAAACUGGAGAUGCAACCCUUCCACCCCUUAUCAAUGCAAUUGAGAUUUAUACUGUACUUGAACUCUUACAACCUCAAUCAGAUCAAGAAGAUGUUGAUGCCAUAAUGAACAUCAAGUCAGCAUAUAGAAUAGAAAGAAACUGGCAAGGUGAUCCUUGUUCCUCACCAGAUUACUUAUGGGAAGGUCUCAAUUGCAGCUAUAAUGACGAUGACCUGCCCAGAAUCAUAUCCUUGAACUUAUCGUCAAGUGGAUUGACCGGGGAGAUUAAUCGUUACAUAUCCAAUCUCACAUUGUUACAAUCUCUGGACUUAUCAAACAAUAGUUUGACUGGAUCAGUGCCUGAUUUUCUGUCUAAAUUAUCUUCCUUGAAAUUCUUAAAUCUAUCAGGAAACCAACUCACAGGCACUGUUCCCCCAGCUCUCAUUGAAAGGUCAGAGAAGAGUUUGUUAGUGUUAAGUGUUGGAGGAAAUGCAAAUCUAUGUCCAUCCCUUUCAUGCAAGAAGAAAAAGAAGAAGAAACUAUUUACCAUUCCAGUAGUGGCAUCUGUUGCUGCAGUGAUCAUUGUAGCUGCUUUGGUUAUCUUAUUUUGGAAAAUUACAAGAAGAAAACAAGUUUCACUAGCUGGGAAAGAAGAUGCCAAAACCAACAUUGUAUGCAUGCCACUGGAGCCAAAAAAUCGAGAGUUCACAUACUCUGAGAUCCUGAAUAUUACGAACAACUUUGGGAGGGUUCUUGGUAAGGGAGGAUUUGGAACAGUUUACCAUGGCUACUUAGAUGACACUGAAGUAGCUGUGAAAAUGCUCUCCCCCUUAUCAGGCCAGGGUUCUAAGCAGUUCCAGGCAGAGGUCAAACUUCUUUUGACAGUUCAUCACAGAAACUUGACAACCCUUGUUGGUUUCUGCAGUGAAGGUGCCCACUUGGGGCUCAUCUAUGAGUAUUUGGCCAGGAGAGAUUUAGAAAUGCACCUAUCAGGAUUGGAGUAUCUCCACAAUGGGUGCAAGCCCCCAAUUGUACAUAGGGACGUGAAGACUGCAAACAUCUUGUUGAAUGAUAAAUUCCAAGCCAAACUGGCUGAUUUUGGACUGUCCAGACCUUUCCUAUUUGACGGUGGCAGUCACAUAUCAACAGAUGUUGUUGGCACUCCUGGGUACCUUGAUCCCGAGUACUCUGUGACAUACAGAUUAACAGAGAAAAGUGAUGUGUAUAGCUUUGGCAUAGUUCUUUUGAGGAUAAUCACAGGCAAACCUGUGCUUGCAAGAACCAACCCAAUGACUUAUUUAAGACAGUGGGUUAGCUCCCUGCUUGCAAACGGAGAUAUUGAAAACGUUGUUGAUCCACGGUUAGGUGGAGACUUCAACAUCAACUCUGUCUGGAAGGCAGUGGAAAUAGCAAUGGCUUGUACAUCUCCAACUUCCACUAGAAGGCCAACUAUGCUUCAAGUAGUGAAUGAAUUGAAUGAGUGCUUAGCAGCAGAAAUACCUCCAACAAAGGAGAGGCAUGAGAUUGAAUUGAAUGGUUCCACUGGAGUGUCGAAUGAAUCAACUCCGCUAGCUAGGUAGUAGCUCAAAGAUUUAGGGCUAUUAUGGUGCUAAUUGAUUUACAUUCUAUAUGUAGCACUGUCAUUGCACGAACUGAAUAAAAUCGUGCACCCUUCGAUAA